AUGCAUUUCCCAAGCAUCACCAACCUCCUCCUCAUCGCCUUGGCGACCUGGACUGCUGCCUCGCCCAUCAACCUCGAAAAGCGUGGAGAUAUAGUCGUUGGCUUCCGGCGGGUUUCAAAGGAACAAGCCGAAGAAUACAACAAAAAAGGGCUAUACUUUGACCACGACUUCGAAAUGUGGGGCAAACAGAUCGGAAAAGGCGUGUACACCUCGCCGUCUCGAGACGAGUACGAGCAGCUCUCUGAUCCCAAGAACUGGUACUGCGUAAUCAAAUCCCCCUCGCACUCCUUCGCCAGCAUCCCCAAAGCCUGGAUCCCAGAGAAAAACCCCUCGAACCAGAAACGUCUAUGGAACCAGCUCACGGAGUCGCACAUCGACGAGUACGUCAAGGGCCUGGGCGAGGACCCGGACAAGGCGCUCCGGCUCUCCAUCAUGCCGCAUGGUCGCGAUCGCACUCGCACGCAGAUGCUCAUCGUGCCGGAUCUGGCUACCCAUAAGCAUUUCAGUGUGCGUUGCUAUGAGAAGAAGGAGGACGUUAAGGAGGGGAGGGUCGAUUAUGGGGCUUGGGGGGUUAAGGGGGAGAAGGGGACUUAG